GUGACGGCGGGCGGGCGGGCGGCCGAGCGGACCCCCCCCCCCACACACACACACCAUCCCCCCCGGGGACGCGGCGACUCGGCCUCGGCCCCGGCCGCUCCUCUGCCGGUUUCUCCUUGCUGUGGAAGGGACCAGAUGAUGUAACCAGCUGCCCAGGAAGACACGUAUGUCCUCAGGCUGAGCAGUGUCUCAGGCCCUGUCUCAUUUCCGAGUCACUUGAGGAAAAUGAUGUGACAAUUCCCGUCCAAAAGGACUUUUUGUAAACGUGUCACAUCUGUGAAGGAAGUCCUUUUCCCUGCUUGUGAAGUAGGCCUUCUCGAAUUCCAGAAUGCCGGCCAAGACCCCAAUCUACCUGAAAGCCGCCAACAGCAAGAAGGGGAAGAAGUUUAAGCUGAGGGACAUCUUGUCUCCCGAUAUGAUCAGUCCUCCGCUGGGGGACUUCCGCCACACCAUUCACAUCGGCAAGGAGGGCCAGCAUGACGUCUUUGGGGACAUUUCCUUCCUUCAAGGGAACUAUGAGCUUUUGCCUGGAAACCAGGAAAAAGCACACUCGGGCCAGUUCCCUGGGCAUAAUGAGUUCUUCCGGGCCAAUAGCACCUCAGACUCCAUGUUCACAGAAACACCCUCCCCAGUGCUCAAAAACGCUAUUUCCCUGCCAACCAUCGGCGGGUCCCAGGCUCUCAUGUUGCCCUUGCUGUCACCAGUGACAUUUAAUUCUAAACAGGAGUCAUUUGGACGGCCCAAACUGCCCAGGCUCAGCUGUGAGCCCGUCGUGGAAGAAAAAGCUCAGGAGAAAAGCGGCCUGCUGGAGGACGGGGCGCUGCACCAGGGAGACUCCUCGUGGGGCUCCGGCGGUUCAGCGUCGCAGUCCAGCCAGGGCAGGGACAGCCACUCGUCCAGCCUGUCUGAGCAGUAUGCUGACUGGCCGGCCGAGGACAUGUUUGACCAUCCUGCCCCGUGUGAGCUCCUGAAGGCUAAGACUAAGUCUGAGGACUCCCUCUGUGACCUGACGGGCUCCCUCCUCUCCCUGCAGCUUGACCUGGGGCCCUCGCUUCUGGACGAGGUCCUGAAUGUCAUGGAUAAAAAUAAGUAACAUGGUGUCAGUUCUUCCUUCUUUCCUUUGGAUUAAAAGGUACCAAAAUAAACAAAACACAAAACCUCAACUAACCACAGUUGAUGAGAAGAGCUGUUUUUGCAAUCGUGUGAUGCAUUUUCUAAAGUUAAUGUUCCUGUUCCUACAAAAUAUUUUUUUAGACAUUGUACCCUGUUUGCAAAAACAAUUUUGAAAACAACAAUUAAAAAAAAAAAAAAACCUGUCCUGGCAAAAAAGAGGGAAGUGAGUCAGAGCCUGUUUUGGGGAGGCAUGGCUGAUGUGCAGCUCACGUUUUUUUGUCUGCAGACACGUAAGAAACCUGGGCUGGCCAGGAACCGACACUGGCUGUGCAGGGCUGGACCCGCUCACCAAGGAGCUUUACAGCCCCCACCAUCUUGUGAGCAAGAGGAAGUCAAAGUUUAUUUAACACCUAAGCCUUUUUAUGCUAGACUCUUUUGUAUAUUACUGUUUGGGUUCACCUAGCGAAUUCUCCAGUGUUAAAAAUUUUUCUGUUUUCACAUUUGAACAACUUUAUGGGACUUGGGGAUUUUCUUGUAGUUGUUAUAUAUCCCUGUAUAUUAUAUCCAUGUUGCAAAAUUUUGACUGUCAGCUAAAUGUUGGUAAGACACAAGCAAGGUAUUACUGUAACUAAGUUAUUUUUAAAAGUUGAAAUAUAUUUUUAUGUGCCUUUGGCUUUUUAUUGCAGAGUCUACAUUUUAUAAAUAAUACAUCAAAUGUCGUUGUACUUGUUUCCAUUGGGGUUUCAUUGUAAGCUGUAGAUGUGCAUACUUGGAAAAGUCUAUCAUUAUCAGCUUUUUUUUUUCUUGCUCACGUGUUAUCGUACUUAUCACAGCAGCCAACAACGGAUUGUCAAGUGUAAAGGCGCAGGGGGCUCAUGAUGCUUCUGCAGAGACUGUGGGGUGCAGCACGUAAUGUCGCUUGGGAAUCUGAGUGUUCUCUUGAAGCUCAUGCUCGCGUUUCCUCGGUACGUCAUACCACACAAUAAAGACCAAAUGCGCUAACGUGAA